AUGGCUACGGUGGCAAUAUUGCAUAUAGUCCAUUAUGAUGACAUGCAUAAUGAGGCGGUCAACAAUUCCAUUGUUGAUGCCGAUAUUGUGCAUGAAACAUGUCACAAAGUAGCUCAUGGUAUCAAGGAUUAUGAAUUCUGUGUGGCAGCUCUCGAAGAAGAUCCUAGGAGCCACAGUGCAGACCUCCAAGGGCUAGGGAUCAUCUCAAUGGAGUUAAUCAUAGAAAAUGCAACAAAGAUUGGUUCACGGAUUAAGGGGCUCUUGAAUGAUCAAAAAUAUGGUCGAGAUGCUAAGCGUCUCUUACAAGCUUGUGAGGAUCUUUACUCUAUGGCAAAGGAUGUUACAAAACAAGCAAUUGAUCACUUCAAAUCUAAGGAUUACCAUGGAGCUAGUAGUUUAGUUGAUUCAGCGCAGGUCGCUGCAACAACUUGUGAAGAUGGGUUCAAGGGGGCCGGCUUAAAAUCGCCUCUGAUAGCAGAGGACAAUUAUAUUAUCCAGUUAACUUCAAUUGUAGUUACUAUUACUAAAAUUGUCCAUUGA